GUCUUUGUGAAAAUGAUAGGACAGAACGUAGGUGCCCUUGAUGAGCAAGUAACACAAGCAGAAGCUGAACUGGGGAUGUUUCCAAAUGCAUUCAAAAAAAUAUUGCACUCAUUUAGCGCUCAAUCGUUCCUUAAUAAAUCAUCCUCUCCAAAAAAACAGCAGCGAAAGUAUGAACCUGCAUCUCUCUUUAAAACAGAAGACUACUUUCCAGCAGAACAUUCACAGUCACAAGAAUGAAGCAGUACAAAGAAUGGGUUACAAUUGCCUAACAUUUCUGGGUAUAGUGAGCAAUACGGAUUCAACAUCAAAAUCUUUCAUGAAAUUGGGCAAUGUUUACUGUUCCUUGCAGUCUAACAUUCUAACUGUGGGAAAUUACUUUGGAUAAUUUCAGGUAAAAGUAAUGCUGCUUAAAUGCUAAUGGUAAAUAUAUGAACAUAAGAAAAAGGCAGAUUUCUUAAUCGUCUACUGAUUUAUAUGUUUACAUUAGUAAAAGGUAGAUUCACGUGCUAUUUUGAUAACUAUGCAGUUGAAGAUUCCAUGUCUUAUCUAAAAGACUGGUGUUUGAUUUUGUUGUACAGUAUUCCUGCUAAAUGCCAAGUAAUUACUUUGCACUUUCUUCAAAUAUGUGCCUUUUUUGCCUUUAAAAUUAAACUUCAAUAGUUAUUUUAAAUACUGCAAACUCGAGAGGACAACAAUUGCAUGCCUAAUUACCAGCACUAAAACACAUAUCUUUUUAAACUAUUUGUUAGUAUAUUUAUCACUGAAUUUUGUAAAUGAAUAGUUUUUGUGUUGGAAAAUAUUAAA